CGAGCCGCCCGGGGCUGCAGCCGUCCCCGCCGCCGUGUCCCCGCGGGCCAGCGAGCCGGGCUGGGCCGGGCCGAAGCGGGCGGUCGGGCGGGCCGGACCGCCAUGGACCACAAGCCGCUGCUGCAGGAGCGGCCGCCCGCCUACAACCUGGAGGCCGGCCAGGGCGACUACGCGUGCGGCGCGCCCGGCUACGGCGCCAUCCCGAGCGCGCCCCCGCCGCCGCCCUACCCUUACCUCGUCACAGGGAUUCCCACCCCGCACCCCAGGGUGUACAGUAUCCACGGCCGGACUGUCACUCGGUACCCCGCCAACUCCAUCGUCGUCGUCGGAGGCUGCCCGGUGUGCAGAGUUGGCGUCCUGGAAGACUGCUUCACCUUCCUGGGCAUCUUCUUGGCCAUCAUCUUGUUUCCCUUUGGGUUCAUCUGCUGCUUUGCCUUAAGGAAGCGGAGAUGUCCCAACUGCGGUGCAACCUUCACCUAAGAGAACACACCUGGCUUCCUGAGGGCCAGCUAUCUUUUCUAAUGUAAAUGUUGUAUACAGUAGUUUUAUUUGACUAAGCUUCAGGACUGUUUUGUAAAGUGAGGUGGGAUCGCUUUGGCAUGUGCCAGCUAGGUCAUGCGGAGGGUCGGAGGCAGCAGCAGUGCUCUCCAGGUUAACGACAGCUCAAGAAAACAUUGCUUUUAUUUUUUUGCAGUCUUCAAUUUGAGAAAGGUGAGAAAUACUGUUUUAAAUAAAUGAUUCAUACCACUGUUCA